AUGCACCAGAUGACGGCGUAUAGAAGCGGGUUCCAGACUUGUAACAAGACGAUGCCCAGGACCAACUGGUCUAUCCGCUAUCCCUCGAAUAGCGAUGAGACGGUCAGACUCAAAAGUGAAAUCCCUGCUGCUAUAUUCAUCGCAAAGAUGAGCCCACAAGACUCCAAGGUCAACUCCAGUAUCUUUAAGGUUAAAGAUGACUCCCCGAAGCUGCUUAUUCCUUUCUAA